CCGUUGCCGGUCGGAAAUGGCCGCCGGCCGGCAGGGGGAGCGGAGGAUCCUGCGCGGCCUGGGAGGCGCGCAGCCGGCAGCCAGAGCGGCUUGUGGGAAGCGGAGUUUUGUGCAGGAGGCGGCGGUGGCUCGUCUCUGCCUGGAAGCUGGCCUGAUUGUUGGUAGUGACAUGGAGGACAGGGCUGGCAUUUCAAACUACCAGCUGUUUUUAUCAGUCAUUGCAUAACUCGAAUAGAAGCUAUGUAUACUGGCUGGUCAACAAAGCCAAGGGACAAAAGCUAUGGCAGUUAAAACAGUCCCUCCGAGCCCAGGGCCUUUCCCCUGGAUUUUAACACCAUGGAUCUCUUCCUUUUCAUCCCAUCAGCCAUGUGGUACCUUUUUCUGUUUGAUGACAACAGCCAAUACUUAGGAUCUGCCUGACUGGGGUUGGAGACCUUCUGAGUCACAGCUGAGGAAAAUGAAAUUUCCGUUUUAUUUGGUGCCUUGUGCAGGGAGCACACUGACUCUUCCAGAAACUUGUGUGUGAAAAAGAGGUUGAGUUUUGUCAAACAAACUCAUGGUUAUGGCGAGUGAUCCGACGUGAUCAGAGUGGGUAAGAGCCACAGAGAACUCAUGACAGGCUAUACCAUGUUGCGGAAUGGGGGAGUGGGGAAUGGUGGUCAGACCUGCAUGUUGCGCUGGUCCAACCGUAUCCGGCUGACGUGGCUGAGUUUCACACUCUUCAUCAUCCUGGUGUUCUUCCCCCUCAUCGCUCACUAUUACCUCACCACUCUGGAUGAGGCAGAUGAAGCUGGCAAGCGCAUCUUUGGCCCUCGGGCUGGCAACGAGCUCUGUGAGGUCAAGCAUGUUCUAGAUCUUUGUCGGAUUCGUGAGUCUGUGAGCGAAGAGCUUCUACAGCUCGAAGCCAAGCGGCAGGAGCUGAACAGUGAAAUCGCCAAACUUAACCUCAAGAUCGAAGCCUGUAAGAAGAGCAUAGAGAACGCCAAGCAGGAUCUGCUUCAGCUCAAGAACGUCAUUAGCCAGACAGAGCACUCCUACAAGGAGCUGAUGGCCCAGAACCAGCCCAAACUGUCCCUGCCCAUCCGACUGCUCCCCGAGAAGGAUGAUGCUGGCCUCCCACCCCCCAAGGUCACUCGGGGUUGCCGGCUACACAACUGCUUUGAUUACUCUCGCUGUCCUCUGACAUCUGGUUUUCCCGUCUAUGUCUAUGACAGUGACCAGUUUGCCUUUGGGAGCUAUCUGGACCCUUUGGUCAAGCAGGCUUUCCAGGCUACAGUGAGAGCCAAUGUUUAUGUUACAGAAAAUGCAGCCAUUGCCUGUCUGUAUGUGGUGUUACUGGGAGAAAUGCAGGAGCCUGGUGUGCUUCGGCCUACCGACCUUGAGAAGCAGCUGUAUUCUCUGCCACACUGGAGGACGGAUGGACACAACCAUGUCAUCAUCAACCUGUCCCGGAAGUCGGACACACAGAAUUUACUGUACAAUGUCAGUACAGGCCGGGCCAUGGUGGCCCAGUCCACAUUCUAUGCUGCCCAGUACAGGCCUGGCUUUGAUUUGGUAGUGUCACCACUCGUCCAUGCCAUGUCCGAACCCAACUUCAUGGAAAUCCGACCGCAGGUGCCAGUUAAGCGGAAAUAUCUCUUCACUUUCCAGGGUGAGAAGAUCGAGUCCCUGAGGUCCAGCCUUCAGGAGGCCCGUUCCUUUGAGGAAGAAAUGGAGGGUGACCCUCCAGCCGACUAUGAUGACCGGAUCAUUGCCACCCUAAAGGCUGUACAGGACAGCAAGUUAGAUCAGGUGCUGGUAGAAUUUACGUGUAAAAACCAGCCAAAGCCCAGUCUGCCUACCGAGUGGGCACUCUGUGGGGAGCGGGAAGACCGGCUGGAGUUGCUGAAGCUCUCCACCUUUGCCCUCAUCAUCACUCCUGGGGACCCGCACUUGCUUAUUUCAUCUGGGUGUGCAACACGGCUCUUUGAAGCCCUGGAAGUGGGAGCUGUGCCAGUUGUACUGGGGGAGCAGGUACAGCUCCCGUACCAUGACAUGCUGGAGUGGAAUGAGGCUGCCCUGGUGGUACCCAAGCCACGCGUUACAGAGGUUCACUUCCUGUUACGAAGUCUUUCAGACAGUGACCUGUUGGCUAUGAGGCGGCAAGGCCGCUUUCUCUGGGAAACCUAUUUCUCCACUGCUGACAGUAUUUUUAAUACCGUGCUGGCCAUGAUUAGGACUCGCAUCCAGAUCCCGGCUGCUCCCAUCCGGGAAGAAGUAGCAGCUGAGAUCCCCCAUCGUUCAGGAAAAGCAGCCGGAACUGACCCCAACAUGGCUGACAAUGGGGACCUGGACUUGGGGCCAGUAGAGACAGAACCACCCUAUGCCUCACCCAAAUACCUCCGCAACUUUACUCUGACUGUCACAGACUGUUACCGUAGCUGGAACUCUGCACCUGGACCUUUCCAUCUUUUCCCCCACACACCCUUUGACCCUGUCUUGCCCUCUGAGGCCAAAUUCCUGGGCUCAGGGACUGGAUUUCGGCCCAUUGGAGGUGGGGCUGGGGGCUCUGGCAAGGAGUUCCAGGCAGCACUCGGAGGCAAUGUCCAGCGGGAGCAGUUCACAGUUGUGAUGCUGACCUAUGAGCGGGAGGAAGUGCUCAUGAACUCCCUGGAGAGACUCAACGGCCUCCCCUACCUCAACAAGGUAGUGGUGGUAUGGAACUCUCCCAAGCUGCCCUCGGAGGACCUUUUGUGGCCAGACAUUGGUGUUCCCAUCAUGGUUGUCCGUACUGAGAAAAACAGUUUGAACAAUCGAUUCUUGCCCUGGAAUGAGAUCGAGACAGAGGCCAUACUGUCUAUCGAUGACGAUGCUCACCUCCGUCAUGAUGAAAUCAUGUUUGGGUUUCGGGUGUGGAGAGAGGCACGUGAUCGUAUUGUGGGUUUCCCUGGCCGGUACCAUGCUUGGGACAUCCCUCACCAGUCCUGGCUCUACAACUCCAACUACUCCUGUGAGCUGUCCAUGGUGCUGACAGGUGCUGCCUUCUUUCACAAGUAUUAUGCCUACCUGUAUUCUUAUGUGAUGCCCCAGGCCAUCCGAGACAUGGUGGAUGAGUACAUCAACUGUGAGGAUAUUGCUAUGAACUUCCUUGUCUCCCACAUCACACGGAAGCCCCCCAUUAAGGUGACAUCGAGGUGGACUUUCCGGUGCCCAGGGUGCCCUCAGGCCCUGUCCCAUGAUGACUCUCACUUCCACGAGCGGCACAAGUGUAUCAACUUCUUUGUCAAGGUGUACGGCUAUAUGCCCCUCUUGUACACACAGUUCAGAGUGGACUCUGUGCUCUUCAAGACCCGCCUGCCCCACGACAAGACCAAGUGCUUCAAGUUCAUUUAGGGCCUUGCCAGUUCUGAGGAGACGAUGAGCAGAGUGAGGGUAGUCGCUCCCAAGGUUCCCAAGUGUUGAAGGACCUUGGGGACAUCAGUGGGACAGGGCCCAGGCCCUUUGCUGGGGGAGGCAGCAAGAAGAGUGAAGUCAGCCUCACUGGGCCCAGAAUCCUGGUCAACAGACUCAGGGCUUCUGCACAGGGCACUGACUUAAAGUGAACACGGAGGACUGUGGGGACUCUGGGGAGACACUCGUUCAUAAGCCCAGGACGGCUGGAUCGUGGUUUUUAAAUUCAAUAACAACUAUUAUUAUUUAAAGAGAGAGUGUUCACAUCUGCCAUUCAAGGCUUAUUUAUAUGUGUGUGUAUAUGUACACACAUACGUGUAUAUACGUAUAUAUGCACACUCACAUAUACAUAUAUAUAUAUAUAUAUAUAUAUUUGGUGGGGUGGGGGUGCACCUGAAAUUUCUGCCAAUCUCUCCAAGGGAGGGACCUACCUGGCUGUGUAUUUAGUAGAGAGGGUCCUGACCCUGUGUUACUGGAUUGUCAUUUGCAGCCCUACCUUCCCAGUGGCACUGGCUACAG